UGCCGGAGCCCGCAGCCCUGGCGCCCGCCGCCGCCCGGAGCCCCGCAAUAUGCCGCCGCGGCCCUCUGGCUCUCGGCCAUGGCGAGGCUCAGCCGGCGCGUCCCUUGCACCCUGCUCUUCGGCCUGGCCGCGGUGUUGCUGAAGGCACAGCUGGUCCCCGCGGCCGCCAGAGCCGAGCUCAGCCGCUCGGAUCUCAGCCUCAUCCAGCAGCAGCAACAGCAGCAGCAACGGCAGCGGGAGGAGGCUGAGGAGGAGAGGCCAGAGGUGCCUGGGGCAUCCUCCACCGUUACUGUUCCAGUGUCUGUAUUUAUGCUGAAAGUCCAGGUGAAUGACAUCAUCAGUCGUCAGUCCCUGAGUCAAGCAGUUGUAGAAGUGUUUGUAAACUACACAAAGACCAAUUCCACAGUAACUAAAAGCAAUGGAGCAGUGUUGAUAAAAGUGCCCUACAAAUUAGGGCUCAGCUUAACCAUUAUUGCUUACAAAGAUGGCUACGUGUUGACGCCUCUACCUUGGAAGACCGGAAGAAUGCCAAUCUAUUCGUCAGUUACACUUUCCCUGUUCCCGCAAAGCCAAGCAAACAUAUGGCUAUUUGAAGACACUGUUUUAAUUACUGGAAAAUUAGCUGAUGCCAAAUCCCAACCAAGUGUUCAGUUUUCAAAAGCCUUAAUUAAACUGCCUGACAGCCAUCACAUCAACAACGUUACAGGCUAUCUUACAGUUCUACAGCAGUUUCUGAAGGUGGACAAUUUUCUGUACACAACUGGAAUUACUCUCAAUAAAUCAGGUUUUGAAAGCAUUGAAUUGACUCCUCUUGCUGCAAUAUGUGUGAAAAUAUAUUCAGGGGGAAAAGAAUUAAAGGUGGAUGGCUCUAUUCAAGUUUCUCUGCCCCUUCUGCAUACAAGUGAUGUCAGUGCAGGGGAUCACGUACCUGCCUGGACGUUUGAUAUGAACACAGGUGCUUGGAUAAAUCACGGCCAGGGAAUGGUCAAGGAAUAUAACAGUCAUUUGGUUUGGACAUAUGACGCACCACAUUUGGGCUACUGGAUAGCAGCUCCACUUCCAGGAACUAGAGGUUCAGGUAUAAAUGGAGAUUCAAAGAACAUAACUGCCUACCACACAGUGUUUCUCACAGCCAUAUUAGGAGGAACAAUAGUCAUUGUCAUUGGAUUUUUUGCUGUACUUCUUUGUUAUUGCAGGGAUAAAUGUGGUACUCCGCAGAAAAGAGAAAGAAAUAUCACUAAACUUGAGGUCCUCAAAAGAGACCAGACAACUUCAACAACACACAUAAAUCACAUCAGUUCAGUCAAAGUUGCAUUAAAAGCCGAGGACAAGUCACAGUUGUUCAAUGCCAAAAACUCCUCAUACAGCCCUCAGAAAAAGGAACCGUCCAAGGCAGAAGCAGAAGAAAGGGUUUCCAUGGUAAAAACUCGGGACAAUUUUAAAAUCUACAAUGAAGAUGUUUCCUUUCUAUCAGUCAAUCAAAAUAAUUACUCAAGAAACCCACCACAGUCUUUGGAGCCCAAUGUCGGGUCCAAACAACCUAAACAUAUUAACAACAAUUUAUCUUCAUCUCUAGGUGACGCUCAAGAGGAAAAGAGGUAUCUCACAGGUAAUGAAGAGGUGUAUGGGCGUUCCCACAUUCCUGAACAACUUAUGCAUAUCUACAGCCAGCCCAUUGCCAUUCUUCAAACGUCUGACCUUUUCUCCACCCCAGAGCAGUUGCAUACUGCUAAGUCAGCUACUUUGCCAAGAAAAGGACAGUUAGUCUAUGGCCAAUUGAUGGAACCAGUAAAUAGAGAGAACUUUACACAGACAUUGCCCAAAAUGCCAAUGCAUUCUCAUGCACAGCCUCCAGAUGCCAGGGAAGAGAAUAUCCCCCUCGAAGGUCAACAGAGCUUACCAUCCCAAACUUCAGAUUGGAGCCGGUAUUCGAACAGCUUACUGGAAUCUGUCUCUGUUCCUGGAACACUAAACGAAGCUGUUGUGAUGACUCCCUUUUCAUCAGAGCUUCAAGGGAUUUCAGAACAGACCCUCCUGGAGCUGUCCAAAGGAAAGCCCUCCCCACAUCCCAGAGCCUGGUUUGUGUCUCUUGAUGGAAAGCCAGUUGCACAAGUGAGGCAUUCCUUUAUAGACUUGAAAAAGGGCAAGAGAACCCAGAGCAAUGACACGAGUCUGGACUCUGGGGUGGACAUGAAUGAGCAUCACUCAAGUAGAAAACUUGAGAGGGAGAAAACUUUCAUCAAAAGCAUGCAUCAGCCUAAGAUCCUGUACUUAGAAGAUUUAGACCUGAGCAGUAGUGAGAGUGGAACCACUGUCUGCUCCCCUGAGGACCCAGCUUUAAGGCACAUCCUAGAUGGAGGGAGCGGAGCUAUCAUGGAGCACCCUGGGGAAGAGUCUCCAGGAAGAAAAAGUACCGUUGAGGAUUUUGAAGCCAAUACAUCCCCCACUAAAAAAAGGGGCAGACCACCACUAGCCAAAAGAGAUAGCAAGACUAAUAUCUGGAAGAAGCGAGAGGAACGCCCACUGAUUCCCAUAAAUUAACACCAAGGGUGGUUGUGUCUGCUGUCUCGUGCUGUUUAUUCUUGCUUCUUGUUGUAAACUGCAGUGUGAACUGAAGAAGUUGAGACUGAGCAAUCUCAUGGUCCCUGGAUGUGUCUCAAGCAGAGUAACUAGUAAAGUGUUAAUUCAGUAAUGAGAGAAGGAUACCGAGCGAUGCUUUUUCUGGCCUAUUCGUUUAUUUUUGGGUGAUGAAGUAUCCAAGAGUUAAAAAUGUAAAAUAGCUUCAAGAUGUCGGUUCCCCGAAAAUGUUGCUCACUCAGCCAAUUUAGCCCUGACUCUCUUGAGAAUAACAGCGAAAUGUGUACUCCUAAAAGUUGCUUCCAAAAAUCUUGCCUCUGCUUUGAUGACUACCCCUGUGAAACAUUUAGAAAUGAAACUGUUCUUCAGGCAUUAUCUUCUUGUGAAAUGUUACUGUUAUGUUCUUUUUUGACUGUACUUGGAAAUAACUUGAUAAAUGUUCUGGAUUGAUGUUAUUGUAGAGUUUAAAGACCAAACAUUUUCUUUUUGUAAUCAACAGCAUGUGUAUUGUAUCAACCCAAAAGGAAAUCCCGUCCUCCUGGAAGACGGGCAAGAAGCAACUUGGUUGUUGGAGAGGAAAACACCAGCUCUUCGGUUGUUUUUGAAUAUAACUUCACAGAAUAAAUGAUAAGGUGUUAGCUUGUUAUUUAUAAAUCUGAGAAGUGAAUGCUGUGAUACUCAAUAUUUAUUUUAAAUCCCCCGCCAAAAGUGAAGUGAGCUUAGCUGUCAAGAAAAACUUUUUACUGAUCUAGAAAAAAACCCAUAUUUUUAGUUUAAAACUCACUGAUACAUGUAGCUAAAAUUGGUUUUAAGAUAUUUCUUCUAUUCAAAAAAAAAAAAAACGAAUUCAGUCACUUAAACACUAUUAAACUUGAUUUUUAAAAAGUCAGUGAAUUAAAAGUUUCUUAUGAACACCAAAAAAUUAAGUAUGUGGAGCUAAAGGUAAUAAACAUUUCAAUUUUUUCUGAAAUGUCAAUGAGCAGAAAAAGAAAUGCUAUUUCCCUGAGACUUAAGCAUACCUUCAGGAUAUGAGAGAGACAUCCACAUGUUUUUUGUCUGUUGAUGUUCAUAAAAGAUGUCUGAGAAAAACAGUUUCAAGUUCAUGGGAGGAGUAAAAGUUUCACUUAUCACUUAUAGCCUUUGCAACAUUUUGCAACCUUUUUUUGUCCAGUUUUGGAAGUAACAUAUCCAUAUUCUUUUUAUCAUAGCAAAGAAUUCAGUGUGAAUACAUUCAACAACUGUUUUUAAUUAUAAAUGUCUUCAACUCUGAAUUAUCAUUCAUGUGUCCUAAAAAUAAAGCUCUUUGUUAAUUAAAAUCAACUCAUUCUAUUUUUCUUAAAAUUUCCAUGAAGGCAAAUGUCUGAAGCAGCUUCCCUUUUCCCUUGGGGAAACAAAUGAAACUAAAUUGCUUUAUUUCUCAUCCGUACUAAUAUGCAUGGGAGCAGCAUAGAGACCCAAGGCACACAAACAAGUUGAAAGAACCAAAAUUAGCCACAUUAGCUUUAGUCAAAUUACAGAUGGAUAGACAAUGAAAUACAACAGCUUUUUUCCCAAGAUAGUGACUUCAGCCAGUUUUUUCCUGUAGCCACUUCUGAAGCAUCUGACUUGUCAGAUUACACUCCUACCUGUCUGUAUUAACCCAGAGAACGUAAAGAGCGAGGCAAAGCUUUGCUAUAUUUCACCCCAAUCCGCGGAAGCGAUCAAUGUUUUGAGUAAUACCUGGGUUUACUUUUGGGGGGCGGUAGUAGUAAGACCCCAAGGUAGAGGAGGCUUUUUCUUGGUCUGAUAUGGAAAGAUGCAUUCAAAGUGGCGUAAAUGAAAAUGACUUGGAAAAGCUUAAGGAGUUAGUGCUCUGCUGAAGUGCCUUUGAUAUAGACUUGCUUUAUUAGAAGGAUAUGAUGACAUCUUUCUUAAAUGUGCAUUUUCUUUCUGUUAGCCAAAUUCAACAGAUGUGCGGUUUUUAUUAAUUAAAAAAUAUAGACCUAGUGUUUCACGUUGGAACAAUGAAUUUUGCAUGCAAGUAACAUUUCUCUCUUUCGUGUGUUUAAUUCUUUCUUGAAUCCAGUUUAUAUUGAUAUAUUGUUCAUGUUGGAAUGAAGUUUGAAACUACAUAGGAAAACGUUGCACUUCUUCAGUAUUUUAAGUGUAUAUUUUUCCCACCUUUAAAUAAAAAUGUUUCAUCUCUCAGCUUGGUAAUGGAAUACACAUGUGGGUAUAAGGAUAUACCAUUCGAGUAUGCCAGUUAUCGUUCUUGUGUAAAGGAAAUGAGAAGAUGUAUCCCCAAGGGCUUUUCUAGAAACACUGUUUUUGAUUUCAGAAUAGAACAUUUUUUAUACACUGCACAUUCUGUUCUCAAUUGGGAAGUAUAGGCAAUUUAUCUUUUCUAAUAAUCAAAAAUGUGUAACUUCUCAUUCCUGAGUAGUUCGCAAAUUUCCUGUUAAAACGCUGAAGCCAUCUACUUUUUCUUAACCCAAGUGAUAAUAAACCUACAAUAUUCACAACUUUCUUAAAUUUUUAAAUUGAAAACUAAGACAGUUUUUUGCAAAUGUAAACCUAGAGAAUUUUGGUCACAAAUUGUUAACAUUUGUGGAUCCUUUGUAUAUACUUUGGAUAUAUCUUAAAAGCAAAAUUAUCCCUCAAUUAACUGAUGGAUUCGUUUACUAAAGCACAGCUAUAUGUAUUUUUGAAUACAUAUUAUGAUCUUGAGACUUUAUAAAAUCCAUUUUUAUGACAUUUAUGCGGUUGUAUAGGGAUUAUUCCCUUUUGUAAUACACAGUUUACCACGGAGGUCACAAAUCUUGAGGAAUAGAAGCACUUCUUUGCUUCGGCAAUCAUUUUCAGAUCACUUCUCUGUGUUUGAAUCCUCUGGUAUCAGUACAUAUUAGAGUUUUAGGGAUCUGUGGGUUAUAAUGUCCCUCAAAACUUCCCAGAAAGGUGAAGCUCGAAGUUCCAUAUUCAUUUCUAGGGAAUGAGUUCGUCAUUUCCGCAUGGACUAGCAUUGUGAGGAAUUGGAUCGUGUUAAUUUCCAUCUCAGACCUAGAGUUGACAUUUUGCCCUCUUGUUUUCAAGUGUUUCUAUCAUUUGUAUUCUUUCAUCAGAGGAAUCUCACAUUUCAGUGUAUUUAUUGCCAUUACUAAUAUAUUUACUGCUGAAAACUGUAACAAUCUGAAGAUUUGUAAAAUGUUAAACAGUUCAUUAA